AUGGCAAUGGGGAAGGCUCAAACCGUAAAAACAUGUGGGAUAUGUGCGGCCCCCGAACAUACAACCGACAUGUGCCCAACUCUUCAAGAGGAUCCGUACGAGCAGGCCAAUGCCAUGGGUGGUAUGUCUGGAGCCCACCCAAGAAGAAAUAACCCUUACGCACCCACAUACAAUCCAGGGUGGCAGAACCACCCCAACUUCAGCUAUGCUCAAAAACCUUCGGGCUUCCAACAACCAUUUUCACAAAAAUCGCCAAUACAACAACCGUCUACAUCUCAGAUUGGUAUGUCCCUAGAAGAUAUGGUUAAAUCGUUAGUUGAGAGCACUUGUCAAAUGUGGCAGGACCAACAGAGGUUUGAACAAGAGACAUGCGCCGGCAUGAGAUCCUUGGAGGCGCAGAUAUCCCAACUAGCGUCCUCAAUGAGCAAUUUCGAGAAUAGCAAGAGAAAACUACCAUCUCAGGUAAUCCCCAAUCCCAAGGAAAAUGCGAGUGUAAUGCUCCUGCGAAAUGGAAAGGAGAUUCACCUUACCAAACCGGAAGCAACAAGAAAUGGGAAGGAACAAGUGACCGAGGAACCUGAACAAGAAGAGGUAAGCACCCCACCGCGCAUUCCUAAGACCUCUGACAUAAACCCUCAUUUUCCUGGCAGGUUCACCAAAGCGAAGAAAGAGGAGUCAGAGAAGGAGAUUUUGGACACGUUCAGGAAAGUAGAGAUUAACAUUCCCUUACUGGAGGCGAUUAGGCAAAUGCCAAAGUAUGCAAGGUUUCUAAAGGGGCUGUGCACCAACCGGAACAAGUUGAACUUCCAGGACAAAGUAAGGGUAGGUGAGAAUGUGUCGGCAGUCCUCCAGAAGAAGUUGCCACAGAAAUGCAAGGAUCCAGACAGGUCCAAUGUCUACUCCGAGGAUGUAGUUGAAGAUGUCUUAGUAAAAGUGAAUGAGUUUAUCUUCCCUGCUGAUUUUUACAUUGUUGACAUGAAUGAUGAUAACUUAGCUAACUCAGCUGUACUCCUUCUAGGUAGACCCUUCAUGAGUACAGGUAGGACUAAGAUAGAUGUGCAUGAAAGUACCCUGUCUGUGGAGUUUGACGGGGAAACAAUCACGUUUAAUAUUUUUUAUGCAAUGAAAUAUCCCGAUGAUACCGAGUCUAUUAACUGUGUUGGUAUUGCUAAUUCCACUGUCCAAGAUUUUCUUGAGCAGAAUCUCAUGGAAGACAAGCUGGAGUUCGUGCUACAACAUAGCAAGACGACCACCGACGUGGAGAGUAAGGAUGAGGAGGAGAUUUUAGAAUCCAUCAUGUCACUGCACUCUCUUCCGGCGCCCGAGUUGGAGUUGAAGGAAUUGCCAAAACACCUGAAGUACGCCUAUCUUGAAGAUCACAACACUCUACCGGUCAUCAUUGCGAAUGAUUUGACCGAGGUGCAACAAGAAAAACUCCUACGAGUUUUGCGGGAGACUAAACCAGCAAUAGGAUGGACGUUGGCAGAUAUCAAGGGCAUUAACCCCUCUAUUUGCAUGCACCAUAUCCUCCUUGAGCUAGAGGAGAAAUCAGUAAGAGAAUGA